UCUAAUCACGCUAUGGCCUGAGUGCUUGGGCCCGUGAUCAGAGCAUGCUCGACAUUGUUCCAUCGGCUACUGCUCCGAGGCAGCCAGAAGCCCGCCAUGAGGCGCUUCCCCGCGAACACCGCCACCACCCUGGCUUGGACCCUUGACUUGGACCCUGGUGGGAACGCCUAUGAAGUCAGAGGCACAAAAGUGGACAGAGGCCGCAAAGCAGGUUCUGGCCAAACCUUGACCCCUCGUAUGAAUUCUGUCCACCGGCGGCCGAGAAGCGCCACACCCACCUACACCCACCCACAGCCAUCGACGUCCGAGGCGGUUACGUACAGCCACACUUGCACGUCCACAACCAGGAACGCGCUAUGGAGCAGGUACUUGCAGUGGACGACCUCGCUGUAGCUUGCACGCCACGUUGGUGCUGCACAGUACUCACUCCUCGAGCAAAGCAGCGUACCUGCGCCUUGUUUUCCAGCGCUAGCUCUGU